GACAUUGUUCAAUUGUUUUUUAAGCAACUAAAUUUUAAGUGUUACAUUCUUUAUUAGUUCGUAACUUAUCAUAUGUUACAGUUGUAUGUUAUUACUGCUAAGUACAUAGAAAUUGAGAAAAUAUGGAAAGUUCAAAUAUAACAGACGAACAAAAGAAAUUUUUGGAAGAAUGUGAAAACGAAUUCAAAGACCGUUAUACGGAAAGGGAUAGUGCAUUUAUGAAAAUUAAAAGUAUGGAGCUGAAAGGGCCGCCAAUCGUGGAUCCUUGGUACAAUAAACAACGGAGAUGCGAAUGGACACGGCCAAAUCAUGGUCAUGGAAGGCGUAAUAACGCUUGGGAGAGACGGUGCAACGAUAAAGGCGAUAGACACGAUCGAUAUGAUCGACAUUCUGAUAGACAUUAUUCACAUCGUAAUUAUAAACCGUACUAAUGUUUGUAAUUAUCUUUUUUUUAUAAAUACAUUUAUUUUUCAUUGUACAUAGACUGACAUAUAAGAAAAGAUUGUAAAAUAAAGUUCAU